AUGAAGACAUCCAUCUCCUCCGAUGUGUGGGAGAAGAAGAAAGCGUUGAUCGCCAAACUAUACAUGGAGGAGGAAUGGCCAUUGAAACAAGUCAUCAAGCAGAUUCGUUCGGAUGAUUUCAAUCCAAGUGAAACACAAUUGCGCAGUCGGUUGAAAAAGUGGCGAGUUACCAAGCCAUCGCGCCAGACUCGCAAGAAGCCCGUUGUGGAUGACGACAAUUCAGACCGGGAUGUCAAGAGAUCCUCGACCUCUCCCCACCACAAUCGGCAACCUCGCGUGAAAACAGAACGGUCUACCACCGGCCCCAGCUGGACCAGAUAUCCAGAAUACGCCCCAGAGCUUCAGUCAACCGACCAGCAGAAGUGGAACGCAUCUCUAGCACCACAGUUAACACCCAGCCCAUCGGGCGAACAUGGCCCUAUAGGAGAUAGACCGUCCACCCACCCUUACCACAGUCCAACCACGCCCUUCGAGCAACCAGCCCAGACCUCCCCCGUGGAUGAAACCCUCAUGCUCAAUACCACUACAGUCAUGACUCCCAACUACGCGGGAUACCCUCUUUCGCCUGACUCCGGCCUCCCCAGCCCAGGAUCCACCACGGCAGCAAUGCCAUGGCAAUCCCGCGCCGUUUCUGUUGAUAUGGGUCUAAACCCAGCAUUGCACCCCGUACAAUGGUACUCCGUGCCUUUCGAACCUGUCACCCCACCACCCGGUGUGCCUCACUCUCAUAUGCCGCCCCCGGGAUACAGGGACCACAUGCCCAUGGGUCCAGCCCAGGGCGUCUUCUCUCCGGAGUUCGCACCAUACCCUGGGGCAUCAGAAUACCACCCUGGGUAUGAUUCAAAGACAUGGAAGAGAACUAUGUCACUCCAUUAUGACUAUGCACACCCGUCUUCGCGGCCGGACCUUGUGGACCGAAAAUACCCUGUGUAUGGUCACCCACCUCCGGGCAUGCUUUCUAUGCCCCAGCCUUCGCACAGUAUGUGUGCGCCACUUCUCCCGUAUAUGGGACAGGAUCCUUUGCACAAACACUCCGGUGUAGGAUACUGA